AUGGAGGACCCAGUCUGGCUAGAGCAAUACAGGAAACGCGAAAGGGAAAACCAGGCCCGUUGGAUGCAAAUACAAAUCAAGGACGAGGUCUCGAGGGAACGAUUCUUGGAGAAGAAAAUCACAGAUAAGCGAAAUAUGUUGCGAAAGAUCAAGCAAGACCCGGUCAAGCUGCAGAGCUACCGGGCUCGUAUGCAAAAGUCUUGGAGACAAAAGGCUGAUGCAUUCGCCUUCAAGCGACGUCAAACUUUCAAAGCCUGGUUUGCGAGAAACAAAGCUAACCUUGACACCUUUGCCUGGAAGCGGUGGAGACCGGUCUUUCUGACCGAGAGUGUCGACAAAGUAUGUGCUACUUGUAGGAUCAGGAAUCGCAAAGGCCAGAGGAGGCUUUGGUUUAUCAAGAAGUCUGAUCCCGAACUUUGGGAUUGCGUGUCUUGUUUCGUUUCGUCAGACUUGUCUGACAUCGUGCCAGUCGAAGGCGCGGACCGCUUCUACAAGGGCCGCUAUCUCCAACCUCAAUCCACAGCGACAGAAGACACUGUUGACUACAAGGACACGGUUGAAGCAGGCGAUCGCAAGGAGAAAAACGAUGACGUUCGAAUUCAGGGAGAAGAGCAUCUCAGGAUGGACAAAGACAAAGGCGCCGAUGGCAAGACCGCUGGGAUAUGA